AGUUCAAUUUGGUGCUUUUGCGAGGAAUGUAACGUGGCAUUUCGCUCGUUCAAUUAUCGUUGUGAAUGCGCAAAUUUAUCGAAAUUGAAGAUUAGGCAACUACACAGUGUUUUUAUAUCGGGUCUUACAGGUGGUUAUCGGUGUUAAAUGUGAACAUUUUGGAUUUCAGUUUUGUGUAUGACUAUUAUUUUUACAAAUAUUUAGCAGAAUCUCCAUAACAGAUUUUCCUGGGAAGCUCUGAGAAAUUUGAAUACAAUGACGUCUUACGAAAGUCCAGUGGUUCGACAUAGAAACAACAACAGUGAAAUAGAUCGCAAUGACUCUUCCCACGAAACCGUUAUGCAGUGAUAAGCCGUCGUUGCCGCUGCGAGGCGCCGCCGGUGGCGUCGGAAAACGUAGGCCGGCCUGUUUGAGUGCAGCUUGGGCCGAUCCCCCCAUCACCCGGAGGGAGAAACGAAGAGCAAUCUGUUCGUGGUCGGUAGGAUACGGAACGCUUAACGAAGCAGACGAAACUUUUUCGGAUAGUCAAGAUCUGACCAAUUAUAACGAAGGAAAAGUGGCAGACCACGCCGCCCUGUUAGAACCGCGGGGUCGUCGUGUAGUGACCACGUCGAUUGCAGUGCCCCAUGCAUCGCAACCGAUCGGCCCCUCUCCGAGUGCCCCGACCAUCAACAACCAGCGUCCUUCUAAAUCGAGAUCCGAACAACUAUUCGGUAUGCCCGGCAUUAAGUCCUUAUUGGGCACAAGGCGGCGGGCCAACGGUCUCGAAGGACCACAAUCACCUUUGGUAUCCAGAAAAGAAAACGGUACUUCCACCAUGCCUACGGUUAGGCCGGCAUCUAGUUUAGCGAGUCUUAGGAAAUGUGAAACGGUGCUGGCGCUCACAGGGUACCUUAGAUCGGCAUCAUCUUCCAGCAGCAUAGAGCCUCUUCAACCCGUCAAUAGACUGAGAGUUUCUCCGCAUGAGUCGCAUCUUCGUAUGUGUUCUCGUUGUUCCAGUUUAUUAACGCUAGCAUCGAGUUCUCGUUACUCAUUGAAUUCUUCGACGGGUGGUUUCGUACCUGUGCCUGCUGGUGAACCUCCGACGCUGUGCAAACUCUGUCUGACGGAGGUGCCUUCGCAGAACGUUAUGCGCAUAGAGCAGUGUGAGUGUGCCUUUUGCUUAGAGUGUAUGAAGGCUUAUGUAGAAUUCGAGAUAGGCCAAGGAGCAUAUGAUAUUUCAUGUCCUGAUGCACAAUGUCCGUCUCAGGGUGUUUUAAAUGAAGAAGAGAUAAAAAGACUGGCUGGAAAUGAUUUACUAGAAAAACAUAAAAAGUAUCGACUUAAUAGAGAAGUAGAAUUAGAUAAAAACCGUACGUGGUGUCCCCGUGCGGGCUGUGAAACCGUCUGCAAUAUGUGCCCUCAACAAAAAUGCUCUCCACAGGGCGUCUUUUGUCCAACGUGUACCAACGAGUUCUGUAGUAAUUGCAAGCUGGAAUGGCACGAGGGUCUUUCCUGCGAAGAAUUCGGUAAGCAGUUGUCGAAAGAAGGUAAAACCGAAGAACCUGGCAUACCGUUCGAUUCGGAUCUCAUUAAGUGCUGCCCCAUGUGUAACGUUCCUAUCGAGAAAGACGAAGGCUGUGCUCAAAUGAUGUGUAAGAGAUGCAAACAUGUUUUCUGUUGGUAUUGCCUAGCCAGUCUUGAUGACGACUUUUUGCUGAGACACUACGACAAAGGACCCUGCAAAAACAAACUGGGACACUCCCGAGCUUCGGUUAUCUGGCAUCGGACCCAGGUCAUCGGCAUUUUUGCCGGAUUCGGCAUUCUUCUACUGGUCGCCUCACCACUGCUCCUCCUCGCCGCACCAUGCAUAGUAUGUUGCAAAUGCCGCGCCUGCAACCAGGGCGCCAACAAGUUGGACAACGAAGAGGAACCAGAACCUCCGCCCGAGGAAUCAUGAUAUGCGCGAUUCCUUCGAUGGUUUACAACCGGUGCGUGAAAAUGUAAGGGGCCAACAAAUAUUGACAAGAAGUAGGCAGUUGCAGCUCAGUUUCUGUUUAUAACAGUUUAUUACUUAGUGUACUAUUUUGACAAAGAUGCAAUUUCAAUACAUUGAAAUUAAUUUUUCCCCCGGAACUGAACGAUUUUCACCUGUUUUUAAAAUAGCUGUUUUUUUUUGUUCUGUUUUGGUGAUAACACAUGUAGAGCACCCUUACAAGGUGUACUGAUUCGAAGAAUAUAUCACGAACGAUGAAAGAAAGAUAUUUCCUUUUCCAUACCUGUUUUUUGUCCAUGGUAUAUCCUUCGCAUCUGGACAGUAGCGUUAGCCUUAUUUCAUUUUUUUUUAAUUUUCAAUUAUAAUAUAUUCCAAAAGUAACAUCUAACUCACAACUUUUAAAUAAAACCUAAAACCAAAACCUCUAGAAGUCCAAAAGCUCUAAAACUAGCAUUUUUAGUAAGAAAAUAUUUGUUUUUUUUGGUGUUAAAAAUAGUACUCAUAGUAUAAACUGUUACCAUUCUACAUUCUUAACCAAAGUUUAUAAUUUGGAUCAUUGAAAAAACUGAAUGUGAGAUUAUUAUAUUUGAUAAAAUAACUUCAAUGGUCUAAAUUUUAAAAGAGCUUGAAUAUGAAAUUUUACUACAAAUAUUUUAUGCAAAAUAUCAAGAGCGAUGUUAACUUACAACUUAGAAACUGUACCCUUACAACAUCAGAGGAAAGUUAUUUUAAUGGAACACCCUGUAUAUGGUUUUAAUUUUGAAAAUCGAACAUUUUUCCUAUAUGCUUUUAAUAGUUUACUUUUACUCUUAAACAAUUACUUGUUAAAGCGUCGGAAGAUUUACUAUACCGAUAGCCUUACAAGUUCCGCCCACUGCCGUCAUUUUUGAGAAGGCUCUAGAACAGGUAAAGAAGAGGUCACGUUAAAUUUCUAGACUUUUUCUAAAAAUGAUUGUAGAUAAUGACGUCAGUGGACGGCAGUGAUGCUAUUGAGAAAGAAAAAAAAUGUUCAUAUUGGAAUUCUAUGUUGCGUUUUGUCACAUUGUAUAGUGAAAAUGUAGUGGCUUUUUGCCGGGUUCGAUUUUAACUAACGUGAUAAAUUAUGAAUACUUGAUAUUAAGAUAUUAAUAACAUUUUUUCAUUUGUCCCGCAGUAUAUGCAGGUGUAAUAAAAUUUCAUACUACUUUGUCAUUUGGCUUACAAUGUUGUGGCUACUUUACAUUUUUUUUAUUGCCUAACACGAUCGAUUAUAGUAUUUUUGUACUGUUAUCAUUAGGUGUAUUUUUUAUGGAUUGAUUUUGUUGGUUUAGUGUAGAGAAACUUAGGAACAUGCAGUGACUCACACUUUUACAAAGAAUAGUCAAGCAAGAAAAUAUAUAUAGUAGACAUUUUUAAGGUUUUAAUAAUUUUAUUUCAAUGCAAAAAUUUUGAGAAAGUAUUAUGACACUAGCAGUUUUGUUGAUGUGAUUUUUGAAUGGUUUUUGUUUUUGGGUUGAUACCGCAUGUCCCAACAUUUUUGUUUUAUGUAACACAGAAUAUUAUAUACGUUUUUGUAAAAUAACUUUGUGGAAAAUACAAGAUGAUAUAG